AUGGCUCGAUCGGCAGCCGCAAAAGUGGCAUCCGGCCGGGUAUCCCCUCCCCUGCCACCGAACCCAGCACCUACCCAACCCAUCCCAGGCACCAUCUCGACAAGCUCGAAGAACAAGAACAAGGGAGCUUCGAAGCGCCCCAACGACUACACGUCCGAGGGCGUGGCCGAUAACGAUGUUUUCCUGCUCCCAGGCUCCGAUUACCAGCUCUUGCUUGGUAUCACCUUCCUGGCCGCUGCGGUGCGCCUGUUCCGCAUCUAUCAGCCCACCAGCGUCGUCUUCGAUGAGGUCCACUUCGGCGGCUUCGCUUCCAAGUAUAUCAAGGGCAAGUUCUUCAUGGACGUCCACCCUCCUCUGGCAAAAUUGAUGAUCACCCUCUUCGGUUACCUCGCUGGCUUUGAUGGAAACUUCGACUUCAAGGAGAUUGGCAAGGACUACCUUGAGCCUGGUGUUCCUUAUGUCGCCAUGCGCUUGUUCCCUGCUAUCUGCGGUAUUCUUCUGGCUCCUACCAUGUUCCUCACGCUCAAGGCUGCCGGUUGCCGCACCUUCAUCGCCGCCAUGGGUGCUUGCUUGAUCAUUUUUGAGAACGGUCUGCUUACCCAGGCACGCCUUAUCUUGCUUGACUCCCCCCUGAUGAUUGCUACGGCUUUCACCGCGCUUGCUUUCACCUCCUUCACCAACCAGCAGGAGCUCGGCCCCUCUAGAGCUUUCUCCCCAAGUUGGUGGUUCUGGCUUGUCAUGACCGGUCUUGGUCUCGGCAUGACUGUCAGCAUCAAGUGGGUGGGCCUGUUCACGAUUGCCUGGGUUGGCGGCUUGACCUUGGUCCAGCUCUGGGUUCUGUGGGGUGAUCACAAAAACGUCACUAUUAGCACCUUCUCCAAGCACUUCUUGGCCCGUGCUUUCUGCUUGAUUGCCAUUCCCGUGGCCUUUUACAUGGCCAUGUUCGGUAUCCACUUCCUCUGCCUGGUGAACCCUGGCGAGGGUGAUGGCUUCAUGAGCUCCGAGUUCCAGUCUACCCUCAACUCCAAGGGCAUGCAGGAUGUCCCUGCCGAUGUUCUUAUGGGCAGCAAGGUCUCCAUCAGGCACGUCAACACCCAGGGCGGCUAUCUUCACUCGCACCCGCUCAUGUAUCCCACCGGAUCCAAGCAGCAGCAGAUCACUCUCUACCCUCACAAGGACGACAACAACCUUUGGUUCCUCGAGAACCAGACCCAGCCUCUUGGCGCUGACGGUCUGCCUAUCAACGGUACCAACGCGUGGAACAACCUUGAGGAGACUCCCUACAUCAAGAACGGUGCCAUCAUUCGUGUCUACCAUGUUCCCACUCACCGCCGCCUUCACUCUCACGAUGUUCGCCCCCCUGUUACCGAAGCUGAGUGGCAGAACGAGGUGUCUGCUUAUGGUUAUGAGGGAUUCGAUGGAGACGCCAAUGACUUUUUCCGUGUCGAAAUUGUCAAGAAGAAGUCCAAAGCCGGUGUUGCUCAGGAGCGCCUUCGCACCAUUGACACCAAGUUCAGACUUGUCCACGUCAUGACCGGCUGCGUCCUGUUCUCGCACAAGGUCAAGCUCCCCGCGUGGGCCUCUGAACAGCAAGAGGUUACCUGCGCUCGUGGUGGCACUCUUCCUAACAGUCUCUGGUACAUUGAGUCCAACGAGCACGCCAAGCUUGGUCCCGACGCCGAGAAGGUCAACUAUGCCAAUCCUGGCUUCUUGGGCAAGUUCUGGGAGCUCCAGAAGGUUAUGUGGAAGACCAACGCUGGACUUGUCGAAUCCCACGCGUGGGACUCCCGCCCAGACUCCUGGCCCAUCCUCCGCCGUGGUAUCAACUUCUGGGGCAGAAACCACCGCCAGAUCUACCUCAUUGGCAACCCCAUUGUUUGGUGGAGCGCCACAGCUGCCGUCGUUAUCUACAUCUUGUUCAAGGGAAUCGCUGUUCUCCGCUGGCAGCGUAGCUUCAAUGAUUACGCCGACCCGGUUUUCAAGCGCUUUGAUUACGAGAUUGGCACGUCUGUGCUCGGCUGGGCUCUUCAUUACUUCCCGUUCUAUCUGAUGCAGCGCCAGCUGUUCCUCCACCACUACUUCCCCGCUCUCUACUUCUCCGUCAUUGCUUUCUGCCAGAUCUUCGACUUUGUUGUUGCGCGGAUUUCGGCUCUUGGCUUGAAGAAGAACCCUCUUAUCGGCAAGGCCGGUGCUCUCCUUUUCCUGCUUAUCUCGGCCGCCGCCUUCACCUUGCUUUCUCCUCUUGCUUACGGCAACGCCUGGACCAAGGCCGAGUGCAAGCGUGUCAAGCUUUUCAACACCUGGGACUGGGAUUGCAAUACCUUCCUAGAUAGCUAUGAGGCCUAUGACCAGCUCGCCAACUCACCUGCGGCGGCUUCGCCCACUUCCACAAGCAAGCCGUCGGUGAAGGUCCAGGCCCCAGCCCCUGCUGAGAACCCGGUGGCUGCUGGCGAACAGGCCAAGGCCCCCGCCGUGGAGCAGCCAAAGGAGAAGGUUUCGGGAGCCCCGGCGGCUGGUGAACAGCGUGUUGUCCACACCGAGGAGCGUGUUGAGUACAGAGACCAGGAUGGUAACUUGCUGGACAUGGAGCAAGUUAAGGCCCUGGAGGGCAAGGUCGAGUUCAAGACCCGGUACGAGACUCGCACUCGCAUCAUUGAUGCUGCCGGCAACGAAGUUUUCGUCGGCGCUCAGGAGGGCGCGCCGGUUCCUGUGGCGCCUCCACACCCGGAUGUUGAGGGUGUCGACCGUGAGACUCCCAAAAACUUGGUUCCUGACGAAUCCAUCCCGGCUGCUGAGAAGAGCGUCGAGGGCGAGAAGGAGGCCGAGGGUAAGGUCCCCAAACCCGCUAGCGAGAGCAAGGAGAAGACCGCCAAGGAGGAGUUGUAA